AUGGCUGGCUCAAAAGAUCCUUCUCAUGAAGAAAAGCAGGUCGGCUAUUGCGAAGAUAUAGCAGAAAAGUCGCACGCAACAGCCAUCAAGAACACCAUCUCAUCACGACCGAAGAAGCCACUCAAGAAGGUGAAGGCAUACUUCUCACCAUCAACACCAAAGAUGGGGCGGACGCGGCAGGCUUGA